AACAUGUUGUGUUGAGCGUAUAAUUAAAUUUCAGAUACGAAAAUUCAGUGUUGUGGUGUAACAACUGAAAAAAGAAAAAGUAAGAAGUUAAAACAGAUAAAACCAAACCCAUCCGAAAUUCAUGGACUCGUAUUACUUGGCUAUAUCAUUAUAUCGAAGACGAAAAUAUGAUGAAUGCAUCGAAAUGUGCAACACCUUACUCAAGAAUAACUCGUUUCACAAAGGACCUUGGGAACUCAAAAUGCGUUCUAUGACGAACAGGGUUUAUGUUGACGAUAUCGAGGCAGAUGAUGGUAUUGUAGAAAAUGAUCCGUUCGAUACAAAUCAAUUAGCAACGGCAGCAAGGGCUGGUACGUCUCUUCGAACAGCUACAUCAUUGGACCUGAAAAAUGGUGCAUCCACAAGCAGACCAAGAACCUCAGCUGGUAGACCAUUAACUGGAAUGGCUCGUCCAGGAACUAUUUCCCAAAGACCUGGCAGUUCAAUGAAAUCGCGAACUGCGUUAGGAACUGGAUCCCGAUCAGGAUCAGCAAAAAACAUUCGCUUAGGGUCCGCUUCGAUGUUUCAAUUGGGUGAUCCAACUGGUUCACUGUUUCAAUCGUCUCAGCUCAAUCCAGCCAAAUUUGUUGAAAAAGAUUCAGUUUCCAAGCAACUGUUUCAAUUUUUGUAUUAUCAUGAGGGAGACGUAAAGAAAGCAUUGUCGCUAUGUGAAACGAUAAUCGAGCACAAAAAGAAAGGUUCGUCACUUAUGUGGUGGUAUGUGCAACGAGGUCGCUGCUAUCUUGCAUUGGGCAAGCCGAGAGACGCUGAGCCACACUUGAAAGUUGCUUUAGCUCAAUUUCCUCAGCAUCCAGACACUGCCCUGCUCCUAUCAAGAGUCUAUGUCAAGAUUGAUCAACCACUUGCUGCACUUAAAAUUUUAUCAGAUUGUCUGGAGAAAUUGCCAAAUGAUGUGAGCUUAUUCACACAACAGGGUAGAAUAUUCGAAUUGAUGAACAAUCUCCAAGCUUCGGCUAGGAUGUACAGACACAUAGCCCAAUUAGAACCAAUCAAUACCGAAGCGUUGUCCUGUAUUGCUGUUCAUCACUUUUACGGAAAUCAGCCAGAAAUGGCAUUAAUGUAUUACAGACGCAUUUUAUCAAUGGGAGCUCAUAGUUGUGAACUCUACUGUAACCUUGGAUUGUGUUGCCUUUAUGGUGGUCAGCUCGAUUUAGUUUUACCAUGCUUUCAACGAGCAUUGCGUAAUGCAAUAACUGCAGAGCAACGAGCUGAUGUGUGGUAUAAUUUAAGUUUUGUAGCAAUGACCAGUGGAGAUUUUAACUUGGCAAAAAGAUGCCUUCGCUUGUGUAUUAGUUCAGAUGGAUCACAUGGAGCAGCUCUGAACAAUUUAGCGGUACUGGCCAUCAAGAGCGGUCAACGUGAUAAGGCACAUUCAUAUUUUCUAGCGGCCAAAAAUGUCCUAGCUGAUAGUGAUGAAGUGAAGCAUAACUUGAAUUUAUUUGAUAAAAACACUGGACAAAAUUGAAUUGGUUUGGCCAUUACACCCAUGGUAUAUGGUAAUUUGUAAAUAGAACAGCGUGUCUAUGAAAAUUUCAUAAAGCCCAUGGUUCUUGUUCUUAUAAACCACUUCUUGCUGAAUGGUGAAACAUAUAUACACAUCUCCUGUAUCAAACCUCUAUAAGCAAUAUAAAAAGAUUCCAAAACCAA